AUCCCGAGAUCCUCAGCUACAACCUUGUUGUAGGAAGUGCGUGUGAUUUUGUGUUCCUGUUAAACAUGGAUGGGAAGGAAGCUCCAGGGAAGCCAGGCUGGUGGUUUGGGCUGCCACCAAAGCCAAACAAGGGGAAUAUGAAUGUGCAACAGCAGGAGGAACUGAUCGCGCAGAAGAAAAGAGAAAUUGAAGCAAAAUUGGAACAGCAAGCAAAAGAGAAGCAACAAGCUGCAGAGCGAGCAGCACAACUGGAACAAUGGAGUUGCUCUGAGAUAAAUUUUUUUUUUUAUAUAACUUUUCUGAAUGUUGUAGACUCUGGUGGUUCAGCAAACAAUACCCCUGCAUCAGCCCGCCCACAAAAGAAGCCUAUAUUAUUUGGAAAACGUCCUGGCCUUGGAGUCGGCAGUAUGCUUAAUCAGAUGAAAAUGUACUCGCAUGCAAAGCAAACGCCUGUUGCUGCCAGACCCAGUGUUUUCUUGUCACCUGAUGAAGAAGAGGAUGACGACUUGGAACAGUUAUUAGAAAUUAAAGUUUUACCCCCAGAGGAUGCAAGCACCAGAGACGUCAUAGAAAAACUGGCCAGAUUUGUCGCAGAAGGGGGUCCUGAGAUUGAAAAGAUGGCCAUGGAAGACUACAAGAACAAUUCUGCCUUUGGGUUUUUGUCUGAUCCAAAUAGCCGAGAGCAUCUGUAUUACAAAAAGAGAAUGGCCGAGUUCAAAAUGGAAAAGCUGAAAAGUGAGGCACCUCCAAAAGUACCUCAGAAAGAACAAUGUUGUAGCUUUCUGUACGAACCAAAUAGUAAAGGAUACAAGUACUAUCGCUUCAAGCUAGAGGAGUACCAGAAACACAAGGAUAAUGGUGGAGUGUUGACCCCUGCUGCAGAAACUGCAGAGAAACGCAAAAGUCCCGAGUCCAGUGAGGUGGAAUCCGCAGAAUCCCAGCCAGCAGACUCCAGUGCUUCAUCAUGUACAAAAAAAAGAAAAAAGUCCCGGUGGGGGCCAGAAGAGGAUAAAGUUAAUGUUAUAGCUACCCCUCCUCUUCCAGACACUCCUGCCUUGUCUGUAAGUAUUAUGCAGCAGAUGUUCGACAUGAUCAUGAAACACAAGCAAGCCAUGGCAGAAAUGCAGAUUAUGUGGGAGAAAGCAAUCCGAGACCACCAACAUGAGUAUGACAGUGAUGAGGAUGUUGACAAUGAUCAGGGUACUUGGGAGCAUCAGCUGCGGAAGAUGGAAAUGGAAAAAACACGAGAGUGGGCUGAACAGUUGACUGAAAUGGGCAGAGGAAAGCAUUUUAUUGGAGACUUCCUUCCACCUGAUGAGCUGGAAAAGUUCAUGGAAACUUUCAAGGCAUUGAAGGAAGGCCGAGAACCAGAUUACUCUGAAUACAAGGAAUUCAAGUUGACGGUUGAGAACCUUGGAUACCAAAUGCUGAUGAAGAUGGGCUGGAAAGAAGGAGAAGGACUUGGCAGUGAUGGACAGGGCAUUACUGCACCUGUAAAUAAGUAA